UCUCUGAUUGGAUAAAUGGGCGUUUACGUAGCAAUGGUCCGGAAAAUGUCGUUCGGGCCAGUCCGAAAAAACUUCCGCCUCAACUAGUUGUAAAGAAAACACAGGAGCUAAAAGCCAGUCGACGGAAUUACCCGCUGUUUAAAGAAGUCACAUCAAAGGCCACUUUCACUCUGGAACUUGUGUGGCUCGUCGUGUGUGUGUGAUUGUGUGAUUGUGUGUGUGUGUGUGUGAGUGUGUGUAUGUGUGAGUGUGCAAGAGCUGCACUUUCUUCGUCACCAAUUUAACUUGAGCUGCUCCUCCCUGGAGGAUGACAAUGGAGGAGAUGAAGAAUGAAGCGGAGACAAACUCCAUGGUAUCCAUGACGCUGUAUGCUGUGAUGUUCCCAGUUUUUAAUGAGCUGGAGAGAAUCAAUCUAUCAGCAGCUCAGACGCUCAGGGCAGCUUUCAUAAAGGCGGAGAGGGAGAACCCUGGUCUGACACAGGACAUCAUCAUGAAGAUCUUGGAGAAAAAGAACGUCCAAAUCAACUUCACCGAAUCCCUGCUACGCAUGGCAGCAGACGAUGUGGAAGAGUUCAUGAUUGACCGGCCUGAACAGGAGUUCCAGGACCUGAACGAGAAGGCCAGGGCCCUGAAGCACAUCCUUAGCAAAAUCCCAGAUGAGAUCAACGACAGAGUACGCUUCCUACAAACUAUCAAAGACAUAGCCAGCGCCAUUAAAGAGCUCCUGGAUACGGUCAACAACGUCAUUAAGAAAUAUCAGUACCAGAAUCGCAGAGCUCUGGAGCACCAGAAAAAGGAGUUUGUGAAAUACUCCAAGAGUUUCAGCGACACCCUCAAAACAUACUUCAAAGAUGGAAAGGCAAUAAAUGUCUUCAUCAGCGCAAACCGGCUCAUCCACCAAACCAACCUCAUAUUGCAGACCUUCAAAACUGUGGCUUAGCCUGCACCCCCCCUCCCCUCGCCGUCACUUCCUGUCAUCUGAAGGGGAACAACUGAGAGAGCAGCGCAACCUUGAAGAGCGGCUCACCCAUAUAUGUAAAUUAGUUGAUUUUAGGGUCGGGGUCAGUUUCAUUGGAGUUGAGAUUCCAGGUUUAAGAGACUGAAAAGUGCCAUUUGUUUUUUCAAUGAGGAUUUUCCAGUCUUGAAAUGGAACUGAAUAGACAAAAAGGCUUGUUUAAUUGAUUUUAUUUGGACAGUUUUAAUUUAUAACCCUGGUCUUUUUUUUUUUUUUUUUUUUUUGGGAGGUGAUGAGGUGAGGUGUUUGUUAAAGACUAAUUGCCAUUUUUCUAAUAUAUUCAUGUUGAUCAUUUUGCUUUUAGCUUUUCACAUCUGAGACCACAUUCAAUAGGAUUAAGUCAGAGCUGCUGUUUAUGCCGCUUCUCUCUUCUCGCUUCCGACUCACGGGAUCUUACAGAAUCACCUGGCAGCAGGUGAGACUCGCGAGGAGAGGGAAGCACGUCGGACAUUGAAGAGGCAGACUCGGAUUUAGUUUCUCUUUGCUAUCAGAAAACAGAAAGCCAAAUUACUUCCAGCACAGCGUGCGCCUUACAAAGUCCUGUAACAUUCCCUCCUGUCAGAGUUUAAUGAAGUGAAGCCAGUCUUUCUGUUUGCGGAUGUAGAGAAAGUUCUGUAUUUAACUGAGAUCUGGUUUCAAAUGUUCAAUAAAUAGUUUCAAAAGAA